AGUCCAACGUGGUUCCUCUCUCCGGAGCGCGGCUACCUCGAGGUAAGCGCUCCAUUCGCACAACUUUUACGCACGGCGGUUACGCUUUGGGUAACUUUAUCUGGACUUUGGUGAUUUUACAUUCCAAGUACAAACUUAUCGGGGAAGUUGAGCCUGUGUCUAUCCGUGCGUUUGGAGCGGAUACACUGAGCUGGUGUCUAUUUAGGGGGGUGUGACAGCUCGCCUCUUACAGCUGUGAACGCCGGUGGAGUGCGGGCUCGCUUGUUUAUGACUUGGGCAGGCUGCUGCUGCUGACUGGGCUGAAGGACGCGGGACAAUCAGUGGGUCAUGUGCCUGGAGCCGAGCCGGGCACCGAGACACUUGUUUGGGCACAGAGUUCAGCACGCGGCCGCUGGUUUAUCACGGUGAACCUGCCACAGGGAAAGUGCACGCUGACAUCCUUCUACUGCCAAAGACUGGACUAGCUAGAGGCUGUGGGAUGAAUGAGCUCUUGGACCGACCGUAUGUGUGUGGGGCGCCGGGCUGCUCUCAGAGGUUCCAGUCAGAGGAGCACCUGAGCAUCCACAGACACAAGCAUGAGAUGACCCUCAAGUUCAACUCCAUCAAGAGUGACGCUGCCUUCACUGCUGACACUCCCACUCCAACCAAGUUUCUGCAGAACUGUGAUGAGGUGGGCCUGUUCAAGGAAAUUGAGGAGGAGUUUCUGCAGGCACAAGAGGAGGAAAAGAAGCAGAUUUUUCCUCAGAAUGGGCCGUCCUGCCUGAACCAGAGCCAGCUCAAAGACCAGGGCACUCCAUUGUCCCACCAACCCCUGUCCCACCCUCUGCCUCCACCUCAGCACCACACACAAACUCAUUCCCACAGCCGACAACCGCCCCACCACCACAGCCAGCCCCAUCAUCCGUCUCAACACCAUCCACCUCACCACCAACCCCACAACCAGCUCCACAACCAACCUCACAGCCAGCCCCACGGCCAGACCCACCAGCCGCACAGCCAGUCCCACAGCCAGCCCCUGCAGCACCCUCCAGCCCAUGGGCCCCUAAUGGGCCCCAGCUGUAGCCUGGCCCCUCACCAGGCGGGGUCUGUCAUCACACAGAACCACUCCCACUCUGGGCCGGUGCCCAGCCCUCUGUCGUCCCUGCUGCACAUGAGGAGCAGACACAGACAGCCUCUGCCCGCCUCUCUGCCCGGGACCCUGCCUGACCCCGCCAUGCAGGGGGCAGCGGCUCACCACGUACAUAGACUGAAGCACCCACUGGGCCCCCCCUUCCCCCAGCCCAGACUGAUGCCCAUGAACAGAGCAGGUCCUCCCAUGGGACACAUGAUGGACAUGAUGUCACCACGGCAACAGGCCCCGCCCCUACAGCACCAUCCUCAGCUCUCUCCUCCGCCAGUCAGCUACCAGCAGCGCUUCCACAUCCCGCCCCCUCAGCACAUAGCCCAUGGCCACAGCCACCACCUCCACCAGAACGUCCCGCCCACCCAGGCCCACCAGUCCCCGCCCCCUCGGCUGCACCCGGGCUCGCCUCCUGCCGCACCUUUAUCUAAUGCUCAGUUGUCCCCCGUCCCAUCACAGCCAUCCCAGUGCCAGCUAUCCCUCUCUCAGGGUGGGCCCGGGAGCUGUGCAGGCCCCUCAGGUCCUCCAGGAGCAGUGGCCCGGCGCAGGAGGACCUCAGAGCAGGACCCAGACGAGCGCAGGCAGAAGUUUUUGGAGAGGAAUAGAGCGGCAGCCACGCGCUGUCGACAGAAGAGGAAGCUGUGGGUGUCCUCUCUGGAGAAGAAGGCCGAGGAGCUCACUCACACCAACCUGCAGCUACAGAACGAGGUGACGUCUCUGAGGUCAGAGGUCGGUCAGCUGAAGCAGAUCCUACUCACGCACAAAGACUGUCCGGUGACUGCACGGCAGAGGGAGGGGCAAGGCUUCUCCUCCGACUGACCCCCACCCCAUACUCUGGACAUCCACACCGUUCAUCUCUGCCCCCCCACCCCUAGACCUAAGCACUCAGAACCCCAGGAGCUUACGCACUUCACCCCCUCCCAGCUCCACAGCUCAGAGCUGACCAAGAAACAACACUUAAAAUGAUCUAUGCCAAAUCCCGCUCACCUUAAAAGACUUAAAAUGUACAGACAUAAGCAUUUACAUUAAAGUGCAUAUGACUGGUUAGACUACAAAUUUCACUAAAACAUCAUUUAAAAAAAUUUAAUACAAAUCUAAAUUUUGGUGAACUUUUACUUUCUGGUUGGACAUGGGCACAUGACAUAUGUAGUUUCCUCUAGCAACCAUAAUGUAAACAAGGAUAAGAGAAAAAUACCUUCCUUGCAUAUAAAUUGUCCCUGUAUUUUUUACUUUUCUUCUCAAUAUUUUUUCUCACAAAAUGCCACUUAACUGACGUAAAAGAAUGAAAAAUAUUUAUUACAGGUACUAUCCCACCAAAUUAAGUAGUAAUAACAAUAAUACAAAACAAUUUACAACCUGUCAUAUGCACUUUAAGGUGGGCCUAAUUCUGAACCGAAGGGAACCAUGCCAUACUGUCUGGACCUGUGCUGUUUAACUCAGUGGAAAUGUACUACUCUCAGGUUGGAGACUGGAUACUAUUACUUCUGCACUCUUGUACAUUAGAGAGUUCCUAUGGUCAUCACCUUCAAGAGCCUAUUGAUACUUUGCAGUGACAUCACAUUGAGGGGUUACGUGUAUGUCUAUGGAAGAAUGUUCAGCAGUUACUAUGGCAACUCAAGAAAAAAUACUAAAUUGAUUUAAACAACACAUUUUCAGAAGCCUAUGAUCAAUACAAGGAUUCAUGACCCUUUUUCAACUAAAAAUGUGAAGGUGACUAACUGAAGAACUGCUGAGGGACUUGUUUAAUAGUAUAAAAUUGGCUCACUUGUUGAACCUCUAUCUACAUCAGUUCUUUAGUCUCUACGUCAGUUCUUUAGUCUCAGAUUGUGUUAAAAGUAAGCUCACAUUAAAGUAUAAAUUGAGUAACAGAGCUUCAGACAGUAUAGCGCCUCUAGUUAGCUUCACCCCCCCAAGGAAUGUUGAUGACAUCAGCUGCAAAGUAUCAGUAGUUCAAUGAUUCGCAAACUUUUCACACCAUGUACCACCUAAGAAAUUAUUUGGCUGUCCAAAAUGAGACUUAACUAUGGAUAAGCUUCUUCUAUAUAAUUAACCCAGAAAAGGUGGCCUACAUAUUCUGGGCUGUGCUCCAUCUUAAAAUUAGGCUGGAGAAUAUAUCAGAAUUCUAUGGUAGAAUUUGCUGUUUAACUCAUAUUGCAGAUUUGUUGACCUGGUUUAUGGUUCAAAUCUGUGUAAUCAUUAUCCACAUGAAACAAAAACUGGCACAAAGUUGAGUGUCUUCUGUUAGAAUAGAUAAAUCAAAGUGAAAUGUUCUUUUCACAGUAACUUCAGAAAGUGGUGCCAUUAUUCAACUCCAAAGACAUGGUUAUUUUCAGUUGAAAGGACUUUAAGCCAUACAAUUGAUAAGGCAAGCCUGUGGAGCCAAUCCCAAACAAAUAAUGACAAGGGUAGAUGAUAUCUUUGGAUAUUUCUUUCAAAAACAGUGAAUCUCCCAUAGACCCCUCCAUUUGAAAUCAUUACAUCAUCUGUGGAAUGUGUAUGCUACCUAAGAAAGUUUUGCAUGAAAUACAAUAGCUAAAGUUAUUGAUUUAUUUACUCAGGCUAAAACCUUUGCCCGUUGACUAAUCACUGGUCAUAAGUGAAUUUUCUUGUUGGAUAGUGCCUUCCUCAUAGUUAUGUAGGCACCUGCCGUUCAUUUGACUAUUUGACAAUUUCACAUCAAAUUUCUACAAUUUCUUGCACACAACCUAUUGCACUAUUGCAUGACACAGAUAAUUAAAGGCCCUGUACCUGAUUUCUUCCAAUAUAUAUCAGCAAACAUAUAUUGUCCGCUGCAUACUGUCUGCAUCUAACUAUAAAGAGCUUUAUUGUUUGAUAAUCUGGAAGUGCACGUUAGCAUGCUAGUUCUUACCAUUAUCGUGGCAGCAAACUCCGCUCUGACCUCUGAAAGCACUUAUAAACUCUUUGCGGUGAAUCAUUAGAUGCUUGGAAUGCAUAAGAUAAGUGAGGAAUAACUUUGGAUCACUGCAAACUGUUUAAAAUAAACUAGUUCUGUUUUUCAUGUUUUUGACAUGGUAAAAAUCAGGUACAGUACCUUUAAAAAGCAAUGUUCCCCUAUGAAGCUAGUACUAAAGAUGCACAAGUUGCACUCAGGACAGAGGCAAGGAGAUAAGCCUUAACCUAUGUAAAGAUGGACUCGGUGUGAAACAAACAGAUGUAUGCAGUACAGGCACAUUUAGAUUUCUACUGUCUUUUUACAUAUAUGUACAGUGUUACUGCAAAUAAAAGAGAUAUUUUCCUUUAUGAAGACUA